AGCCCAGAGCCUGCAGCCCAGACCCAUCCAGACCCUCGGCUGAGUCUGCCCCCAUAGCCCCAUGAAGCUGAUGGCCCUGCUUCUGCUGCUCUGGCACACUGCACUUUGGCCGGUGCAAGAGGCCACCCCCCUGGGUCCUGCCAGCUCCCUGCCCCCAAGCUUCCUGCUCCAGUGCUUAGAGCAAGUGAGGAAGAUCCGGGCCGAUGGAGCGGUGCUGCAGGAGAGGCUGUGUGCCACCCACAAGCUGUGCCACCCUGAGGAGCUGGUGCUGCUCGGACACUCCCUGGGCAUCGCCCAGGCUCCCCUGAGCAGCUGCUCCAGCCAGACCCUGGAGGUGGUGGACUGCCUGAGCCAACUCCAUGGUGGACUCUUCCUCUACCAGGGCCUCCUGCAGGCCCUGGCCGGGAUUUCCCCCGAGGUCACCCCCACCUUGGACCUGCUGCAGCUCGAUGUCAAGGACUUUGCCAUCAACAUCCGGCAGCAGAUGGAAGACCUGGGGGUGGCCCCUACAGGGCAGCCCACCCAAGGCCCCAUGCUGACCUUCACCUCUGCCUUCCAGCGCCAGGCAGGAGGUGUCCUGGUUGCCUCCAACCUGCAGAGCUUCCUGGAGCAGGCAUAUCGGGUUCUGCGCUACCUUGCCCAGCCCUGA